ACUUGGGCGUUGGACUCCGCAUCUUAUUAGCGACCAGGGAGAUUUCUCCAUUUUCCCCUUGUCUACAGUACGGCUACAAAUCUGGGAUUUUUUUUAUUACUUCUCCUUUUUUUUUGUACUAAACUUGGGCUUCUGAUAUUUUUGCUCGACUAUUUUCCUGCCUUUUUAUCCCCCUUUCUUCCUCUGCUGCUGUCUUUUUUUGACCUCUCCAGCUUUAUUAAAAAAAAAGAGUGCAUAUAUUUAAACGUAUUCGGCUCUCUUCUCUUUUUCCCCCCUCCUCCCCCACUGGUGUGUGAGUGUGUGUGCGCGCGCGCGCGUGUGUGUCUCGCUGCUCUUCAGGCUGCUGGUCGCCCAGCAUUUUAUACGAACGAACCUACUGUUCUUUGUUUGCCUUCUUUUGGAUCUGCCGAGUUUUCUUUGUUGAAUAAACCAGCAUGGGCGCCCAGUUCUCUAAGAACGCUGCAAAAGGCGAAACUACUGUUGCUGAAAAACCUGGAGAAGCGGUAGCUGCAUCUCCUUCCAAGGCGAACGGACAGGAGAACGGCCACGUGAAGGUGAAUGGCGAUGCCUCCCCAGCAGCUGCAGAGGCUGUCAAGGAGGAAGUCCAAGCAAACGGCAGUGCGCCAGCGGAGGAGUCGGUUAAGGAAGAGCAGAGCCCAUCCGAGGCUGCCUCCGAAAAGGAGACUGCCGAAGUGGAGAGCACAGAGCCUGCCUCUCCUGUGGAAGGGGAGACCUCCUCCAAAACUGAGGAGGGAGCAACUCCGUCUUCUAGUAACGAGACCCCGAAAAAAAAAAAGAAGCGCUUUUCCUUCAAGAAGUCUUUUAAGCUAAGUGGCUUUUCUUUUAAAAAGAACAAAAAGGAGUCUGGGGAAGGAGCGGAGAACGACGGGGCAGCUGCUUCGGAAGGGGGAAAAGCUGACACGGCGGCGGCCGACGCAGAGCCUGCAGGCAAUGAGGAGCCCAAGGCUUCCCAAGAGGUGUCGCCUUCCGCCCCUGCCGCUGGUGCCAGCACAGAGGACGCCAAAGAGGAGACCGGGGGUUCCCAGGAAGCCCAGUUGGAAGAGACUGCCCCAGAGAAGCCUUCAGGAGAAGAGGCCAAGGCUCCUGAAGAACAGAAGCCGGAGGAGAAACCAGAAGAGGUGCCAGCGGCUCAGGUCCCAAGUGCUACCACCGAAGCCACCUCAACUGAGCCAGAGGCAGCCAAAGCAGAGGAGCCGGCGGCGGCGGCGGCGGCAGCAGCUCCCUCACAGGAAGCUGCCUCCGAGUCUAGUCCAGAAGCUCCACCCACCGAGUCGGCGGAGUAAAACAAGGCAAUGAAAAGAAUGGCAAUUUUGAGAUGAUUGAACUUUUCUUCCCCCCUGUUUGUUUGUUUGGAGUGGUGCCAGGUACUGGUUUUGGAGAACUUGUCUACAACCAGGGAUUGAUUUAAAAGAUGUCUCUCUCUCUCUCUCUCUCUUUCUCUCUCUCUCUUUUUGUCUUUACCCACAGAUCCCAUCUCAAAUCAUUCUGUUACCACCAUUCCAACUGGGUAGAGGAGAGACUAAAUGCCUCCCUUUGCCUUGUUCCUCCUCUUUUUUUUUACAU